CUUUCCUUUUUUUCUUUUUUCUAUAUCUUCACUUUUUUAUAACCAAACAUGCCAUCGACUGAAAUGCAAUAUUAUAACAAUCCUGAUUUACCUUGGGUUGUUCAAAAAUUCGGUGGUACUAGUGUUGGUAAAUUCCUUGAUAAUAUUGCCAAUCAAGUAGUCAAGGAAUAUGUAAAACAAAAUCGACUUGUUGUAGUAUGUUCAGCAAGAAGUGGAGAAAGCAAACAAAAUGGAACUACCAACCGAUUGAUUCGUGCUGCUAAUUAUGCUUUACAGCCUGGUUGUGAAGAUUAUUGGGAUGAAUUAAACAAUAUCUUACAAGAACACAUUCAAGUUGCUAAUGAUAUGAUUCAAGAUGAAACUAUCCGAAAGAAUUUGAUUUCUGAUAUAGAAUACGAUUGUGAAAAAUUGACUUCCUUCUUAAAAGCUGCUCAAAUCAUCAAUGAAAUCUCUCCUCGAUCUCGUGAUAUCAUUAUUGGUGCUGGUGAAAAAUUAUCUUGUCGGAUUGUGGCUGCUGUAUUACAAGAUAGAGGUAUUGAUGCUCAAUUUGUUUCCUUGGAUAAUAUUAUUGAUCGUGAAUUCGAAGUCUUGGAUCAAACUUUUUAUGAUUAUCUUGCUGAAAAAAUGGCUGAAGCUGUUUUGAAAUGUGGAAAUAAAGUUCCCGUUGUCACUGGCUUUUUCGGUAUUGUUCCUGGAAGUUUACUUACAACAGUUGGAAGAGGUUACACAGAUCUUUGUGCAGCAUUGACGGCGGUGGGAUUAGGUGCAGAAGAACUUCAAGUAUGGAAAGAAGUGGAUGGUAUCUUUACAGCAGAUCCUCGUAAAGUGAAAUCAGCACGACUUUUACCUAUUAUCACUCCUGAAGAAGCAGCUGAAUUGACCUAUUAUGGUUCAGAAGUCAUUCACCCUUUUACAAUGGAACAAGUGAUUCGAUCUCAUAUACCUAUCCGUAUCAAAAAUGUGGAAAAUCCUCGUGGAGCUGGUACUGUAGUGUUCCCUACUGAUAAUGUUAGCAAGGAUGGUACUUCAUCUCCUCAUUCACCCAAGGUAUUGGCUGAAAAUGGUUAUUCUUUAGAUCUUUCUCGCAAGUAUCCUACAGCUGUGACUAUCAAAGACGGUGUGAUUGUACUCAACGUUCAUUCCAAUCGAAAGAGUGUAAGUCAUGGAUUCUUCGCCAAGAUUUUCUCCACAUUGGAUCGUUAUGGUGUGGUUGUAGACUUGAUUUCGACAUCCGAAGUACAUGUUUCUAUGGCGCUUGGUGUAGAUAGUGCAGACAAAGAUUUAGCUCGUGUUAUUGGCGAUCUUCGAUCGGUGGGAGCUGUGGAUGUAUUACAAAAUAUGGCAAUUUUAUCUCUGGUUGGUAAACAAAUGAAAAACAUGGUGGGUAUUGCUGGUAUGAUGUUCACUACCCUGGCUUCUGCGGGUGUCAAUAUUGAAAUGAUUUCUCAAGGUGCCUCCGAAAUUAAUAUAUCUUGUGUCAUUGAAGAAUCCUGUGCUGUUACUGCUAUGAAUGUCAUUCAUGAUCAAUUACUUAGUAAGAGGAAUCAAUUGGUUUUACCUACUCUUAAAACUGCUUUAGAAUGAUAGAUUAUAGAUUAGAACUUAGAUUAUUUUGUUAUCAUUUUAUUUAUUUUUAUUAUUUUUUUUUAUAUUUUUUUUUUUUGCAUCC